AUGUGCUGCUCGGCGGUGACACUUAAGCGCGACUUUGACGUAUGCAGCGUAUGCGGGGGUAUGCAUGCAAUGACAGAGAGACGCCUUACGUGUACAAGCAAGACCUGCAGCGACAUAGGGGUUUGUGCUGUUGUGUGGAAAGUGUUCACCUGUACGGCUAGCGAUACCUGGACGAUAUGGGUGAAUGAGCAUGGGCACAUGCGUGGUGUGGUUCCCUGCAGUACCAUCCACCCUGCACGCGUGACGACGAUGAUGACGCAAUUUCUUGCAGAACAAGAUGAGUUUGGUAUUCCACCACGGCUCAUGCUGGUCAAUUUGAAAAAGCUAUUCCAGAUCCCAGUGACUAGUCGUGGUUGGUCAAGCCUGAAGCAGGUGCAAAACGCGUCGAAGCGUCUUCGGAGAGACCAAGGGACGAAGUACUCUCACAAAGCUGUCCAAGAUCUCGUU